AUGUCCGAGUCUCACUGCGAAAGCUUCGGCAAUCUCGCAUUGUUCACGCUUGGGGAGUACGAAAUUCGGCUGCGUCGCCUGACAGCUUCAAAAAGGAAAUUUGCCAAGAUCUCGGACAACGUUCAACUCUACCGCACUUUUCAACAGAAUGUUUUCGAGAUAAUCAACAACUGCCACCGCAAUCGUUGCGAUCAUUCGAAGCUCAUGGUAACAGUCCGUAGAACGCGACAAUUGAGGGUAUUUACCGAGAAGAAGCCGGUCGAGAAGAACGAAACGAUCAAUGCGAAGUUGGAGUCAAAGAAGAACGAAGAAGGGAAAGUCGAAUUCAAGAAGGAAGAGAUCAAGAAGGAAGAUGUGAAGGAAAAGAAGGAAGUGAAGAUUGUGGCCCCGGUUUCGCGGGUCGUUUCCCCAGUUCCUUCUCGACCGAUUUCGCCGGUUGUUCAGCAACCAGUCCCGGUUUCUGCCCCGAUUGCUUCCGCUCAGGGAAUCUUGAGGCAGCCAAAUGGAGCCGGACUUAUGUCGGUCAUCAAGAAAAAAUUCGCCGAUGCUAAACGGAAGCUGUCAAGCGCGAUUGGACGCUUGAGUGGACGCCACCCACCGGAUGGCCCAGCUCACCAAUAA